UCUGGCGAGAAUUCUAUUUGGAGACGCACGUGAACGCACCUGCGGAAUUAGAUGAGCUCGUGCUGCUGUGCGCGAGCAUUACCUGGCCGGGGGUGUGGACUGAAGUUUCUGCAGUCGGUGAAGCUUCAUGUGGUCGCCGGGUAAGUGUCCGCGAUGGAAGCGUCACGCGUGAAGCUCGAACGCGCGAGGUUUCCGUGAAGACCGUGUCCACGUUCGAGCCUCCAGGUCUCCACACUCUCUCUGCGUUAAAUGGAGCUGGAGGACCAGUGGUGGAGAGGACAACUCGCUGCAGACAUUUACCAGGCACUGCGAUACAAAGAACUCAAGCUGCCUUCCUUCAAAGGUCAAUCCCCUCAGCUCAACCUCAGGCGAUACUUUGCUGACCUCAUCGCUGUCAUCAGCAACCAUUUGCAGCUCUGCCCCCCAGCCAGACACCUGGCCGUCUACCUGCUGGACCUUUUCAUGGACCGCUAUGACGUCACUGUGCAGCAGCUUCACAUGGUUUCACUGGCGUGUCUUCUGUUGGCUAGUAAAUUUGAGGAAAGGGAGGACCGGGUGCCAAAGCUGGAGACCCUGAACGGCCUGGGCUGCAUGAGCUCCAUGAACCUGGUCCUGACCAAGCAGGGUUUGCUGCACAUGGAGCUGCUUCUCCUGGAAACCUUCCAAUGGAACUUGUAUCUGCCCACAGCGGCUCAUUAUAUAGAAUACUUUCUUUCUGCUGCCGUUCACGAGGGGGAUCUGCACGACGGCUGGCCAAUGACCAGCGUGGAGAAGACCAAAGUUUACAUGCUCAAGUAUGCUGAUUACUUUCUGGAGGUUUCCUUGCAAGAUCAUGUGUUUUUGUGUUUUGCACCCUCACUGGUGGCUGCAGCUUGUGUGGCUGCUUCACGUCUUACCCUCCACCUGUCCCCUACAUGGCCGCCUCGACUGCAUCGCCUCUCAGGCUACACGUGGGAGAACCUUGUCCCCUGUGCAGAGAAAUUACUCAUUGCACACGACAGUGAUGUGAAAGAGGAUCACAAGCAAAAGUGCCGGCAGCCUGUUCAGCAGCAGCAGCAGCAGCAGCAGCAGCAGGACCAGUCCAUGUACCACAGUUCAGGCCAGUCGGCCUCUGUGGCGCAGUACCUGCACCUGUCCGGGGUACAGUAUCCCCAGCAGACCCUGCAGUCAGGCCUGCCGUCUAGUCACUACCUCAGUCAAUCCGUCGCCAGUCUGCAGCCACUUCCUGGUUCACAGCACCCCACCAGCCAAGCCCCCGCCACCUCACUGGAUCCAAAACCUAACCGGUCUCACCAAGUCAGCAUGCAGUACUCGUCUGCCGCUUCAUGCUUUGACAGAUGAUGGAUGGUUCCCAGCUUGUUCUGGUGAAAGACGUGGUGUUUUGUUUUAUUUUGAAAUGGGCAAGAACACAAAAAUCCGAAUGCUUUUAAUUUGGAAAGACUUGUGUAAAGCACACAUGCUCUUUAGGUGCUCUCAGUGUGAGGUAUGUUCUUUGUGCUGUUGCUGUCAGAGCAGAUCCCAGAGGAGGACUUUUUUUUUUUUUUUUUUCCGGAUGUCAGAGUAAAAUGUUGUUUAGAGGCGCCGUUCCUGUUGCUGCCUAAUUUAACUUCAGAACCAAAGUAUUCGUUUAUGUCAGAAUAUAUCAGAAGUUUGUGCACUGUGGUGCUUUGACUUGUGACACUUUCCAUGCUAAGUUAAGAAGGACAGUAGCCAGUCGACUGGUUAUGGUUAAGUAGUGUUAAUGGCUGUUGAGGAUUUGUGUUUCGAUUUGUGUGUGUUUUUUUGUGUUUAUUUCUUUUUUAUUCUUGUUUGGACGCAUGAUGAGCAGAACUAAUGGAGAUGUGGCUUUCUCUGCUUGAUGUACUGAACUGUAAGAAGAAUUGGUCACAGAGAACUGCAUUCAAUGCUGUUUAUGACUGUUUUAAGUAAAAUACAGGCCUGUGUUUGCAAAACUGUGAUUGACGUUUCAUGAUGAUGAUGCCAGACACAUGGAGUAUAAAAGAAAAUGUUGAACACGA